GACUCGUGUAAUUCUCUUCCACACAUGUUGCGUCGCACAUUCACAAAGUUCUCGACUUUUUAGUACAACAUUGAACGAAUCGUUCGGUCAGUCAGUCUUGUAAAAUGUGCGGAGCGGAUUCCAUCAUCAUCGUCGGUCUUUCCGUGUGACUGUGUGACAAUAAUAAAACCAUAUUGGAGAAGUGCGUCGUCGUUUUCGUCGCCGUGAGUCGGUUCCUCAUUUGCCGAAUUUGAUUCGGUUCUUUGUUUCGUUCGAGAUUUUCCUAGAACAUCUUUCCAGCAGAUGACCCGGAUGCACCAUGUUCUCCAACAGGAACUACAAAAUCCUCACCUAUAUCUUCGGUUGCAUUCACAUCUUUUUGGUACUGAUAGUGCUUAGUCAGGGGGCUGUUCCCAUCGUUACCGACUGGAUCGCAGCGAUAUCGAUCAUAACACCAUGUGGCUUGAACAUCGUUUUCACCCUGUUUUGGAUGAUUGGAACUGGACUGAGGCGACCAUCAAUGAUAAGUCUGUUCAAGUACUUCACCUAUGCUCAGAUGGCGUUGAUAGCUGUUCUGGCAAUUGGUUUCAUCGUGCAGUGUUUCCUCAACGGUGGCCAGUUUCACCUAUACAUUAUGAUUUUCAUCGUUCUUUCGCUGUUUGUCCUUUCGAUGAUCGAGCUCUUUGUGACCAUUGGAGGACACCGAGCCGUAAUGGAGGAGCUGCUAGGAUCCCGAAUGAGGGCCGUCGAGAUGACUGAAUGGACCAGUUGAAGUUAGCCCUCCUGAUUGGGUAUCGAUCAACUGAUCAACGCACAGCAUUUAAACACCGGAGAUUAUAUUUAUAUGUAUGACCCUAGUGCUAGCAUGUAGGUAGAUUGAUGGAUGCAUGACAAAUGAAACCGAAAGCUUUAACAAUUAAUGUAUGUGUGCUUACCACGUGUCAACGUAUGCCUUAACGCAGCUGCCUUCGCAUAAUAAAAGCUAUAUUUUGUGAUACAA